GUUGGACUGAUGGAUUUGGUUCUGAUUUGACUGAUCUUUCAAUAUCUUCAGCACCUGAUGUAGAUGAUAUGAAUGAUUUGUCAAUAGAUACUCCUCCUGUGGCAACUGUUCAGAAUGAGAAAAGGCGACCAAAUACUCUGUAUCAAGAGCUCAGUUUCCAAGAAUCUGAAAAUUUACCAGAAGGAGAUGAUGCGAAUGACAUAGCUGCUCCUGACAGUUUCUUUGGAAUGGGCAAAGAAGUAGAAAAUUUAAUUUUAGAAAAUAACGAAUUGCUAGCCACAAAGAAUGCUUUAAAUAUUGUGAAGGAUGAUCUCAUUGCAAAAGUUGAUGAAUUAACAAGUGAAAUGGAAAUUCUGCAAGGGGAAAUCAAGUCCCUCCAAGCGGUAAAAGAACGUUUAAAACAGCGAGUCUUUGAUUUGGAGGACGAACUGAAGAAAACGAAGGAAGAAGCUGAGAAAACUAAAGCUAAAUUUGAAGAAGAGGAAGACAUUCCAUUAGCACAAAGAAAGCGUUUUACUAGAGUAGAGAUGGCUCGUGUUUUAAUGGAAAGAAAUCAAUAUAAAGAAAAAUUAAUGGAACUCCAAGAAGCUGUUCGGUGGACUGAAAUGAUAAGGGCAUCCAGAAAUGAUCCAUCCUCUGACCAGAGGAAAAAUCAGUCUUCCAUCAGAAAAUUUUUCAGUAGUUUGUUUAGCUCAAGUAGUUCUUCAGAGAAGAUGAUCAGAAAAUCUCCAACAUCUUCAGGAAUGCUGUUCAAUUCACCCACUGUUCAUGUUAGUCCCACUCUGGAUGCAUUGCGGAAGACUAGGUUGGGAGAGAAAGGAAAAAGUGUUGAUUUCCUUGAUAGCGAUUUAGCAUCGGAACGCCUUCAGCAACAACGUGCCAGGGAAAGAAAAGAGCAAUACAAGAAAGUCCGAGCUCAUGUCAAGAAAGAGGAUGGCCGCAUGCAAGCUUAUGGUUGGAGUCUUCCAAUUCAUGGCAUUGGUGAUGGUAAAAGCAAUGGUGAAAUGGAAUCUAAAAGCUCUAUAACGUUUGAUCCUAGUUUUCCUGUUCCUAUUCCUGUUUAUUGCAGGCCUUUGAUGGACAAGGAGCCAGGCAUGAAGAUAUGGUGUGCAGCAGGUGUUAAUCUUAAUGGGGGAAGAACGAGGGAUGGUGGUUCUAUAGUUGGAGCUAGUGUGUUUUAUUCUUCUCCUCCUGAAGAAGGCUCUUCAACAGAAAAUUUAUCUGAAGUUGAAAAAUUGAAUCAUGAACUUGCUGAGCAAGAGAAAUGCAGGAAGGAAAAUGAAGAAAUUGAACAGAAACUUUCAUCAUUGAUCUGGAUUGGAACAAGCACACACACAAACAGUAAAGUAAAUGUCAUCGAUGCUAGAAAUCCUGGAGAUGUUCUGAGUAGCUUUUUCGUCUGUUCGUCCCAUCUGCUAUGUAUUGCAAGUGUUCCUGGUGCUUGUGAAUCUGACUAUCCAGUUGAUGAGGAAUUUCUGAAACUUGGUUUAGAAAGUGAUAAAACGGAAUUACAUGAUGAUAGUAAAUCUAGUGAUAGUGUGAGCAGCAUUGGAAAUAUAACUUUUGUUAGCUGUUCUACUGGUCCUUCUAGUCCUCCCUCUCCUACCAAUGAUAGUAAAGAUAGUGAACCAGUUUUAUUUAGACAGUCAACAUCUCCUAAUGAAGAUAAAAAUGAAGAAGAUUCAGAGAGUAUUUCUAAUCAAAGGCAACAGCAGUGGAUAGUAAUGAAAGAUCCUCCUGAAAUUAUCAAAGAUGGCAUAUCUGAGUUAUCAAAAGAUAAUCCUCUGGCCUAUGACCAUAUAGAAAAAAUGUCAAGUGUCUUGCCUACCAUGUGGAUGGGGGCACAGAAUGGAAGUAUAUAUGUGCAUUCAUCUGUUGCCCAGUGGUGGAGAUGUAUACAUACUGUGAAACUGAAAGAUGCAGUAUUGAAUAUUGUGCAUUUAAGGGGUAGAGUUGUUGCAGCAAUGGCAAAUGGUACUGUUGCUAUAUUUCAUCGAGGAGAAGAUAACCAGUGGGAACUUAAUAACUACCAUCUGUUAGAUCUGGGAUAUCCACAUUAUUCAAUUCGUUGCAUGGUUGUUGUUCAUAAUAAAGUUUGGUGUGGCUAUCGAAAUACUAUUCAUGUUUUGUGUCCAAAGACAUUAUCUAUAGAGAAAUCUUUUGAUGCUCACCCAAGGAAAGAGAGUCAGGUACGGCAAUUGGCUUGGAUUGGAGAUGGUGUUUGGUUAUCUAUCAGACUUGACAGCACACUGAGAUUAUACCAUGCACAUACAUAUCAGCAUCUUCAAGAUGUUGAUAUUGAGCCAUAUAUUUCAAAAAUUUUAGGUACAGGUAAACUAGGUUUCUCAUUUGUUCGGAUAACAGCUCUGGCUGUAUCCUGCUGCCGUCUCUGGAUAGGCACCGGCAAUGGAGUAAUACUUUCUGUUCCACUUCAUGAACCUGGUGCAAAACGAUGGUCCCAGGAUGAUCCUCAGUUGUCAGGAGAUGCAAUACGGGUAUAUGCUGAUGGCAAAGACAACCUUACUCCUGGUAGUUUUGUACCAUAUUGUUCAAUGUCUGAAGCACAGCUUUCAUUCCAUGGUCAUAAAGACGCAGUGAAAUUCUUUGUAGCUGUUCCAGGCCAAGGUGAUAUGAAUUCAGUCACUUCAUUAUCUGAUGAUAAAGAGGAUUUUGACACUACUGAAAAACCAGUCAAGCCCAAAUAUAUGUAUAUAAUGUCAGGUGCCGAAGGUUAUAUAGAUUUUCGCAUUGGUGAUGAAGAUGAUGAUAGUGAUGGUACAGAUAUGAGUGAUCGUUCGUCCAGGAAUUCGUUGAGGUCGGAACAAAGCCACCUUAUUGUGUGGCAAAUUCCAUUACCUUCUUCUAGCUCUGCCUCAAGUCAUUGAUGCUGUUAACUGUGCAUUACAUUUUGUAUCUGAUAUGCUGAAGCCAAUGUGCAGAGAUUUUUUUGUACAUGCGAAGAAUUUUAUCAUUUACCACUUGUGGUAUAUGCUUAAAACAGAGAGGCUUCAUAUGUUAUAAAAUUUUAAGACUGUUUUAGAUAUAUUUAAAAGGAAAUAUGACUAUGUUUUAGUAACAAUUGGUGCUUUUAAUUAUAAGUCUGUAUAUUUACUUUUAUUUAGCAAUAACUUUAUACAUAUUUUAGAUCACAGGAAAGAAUUAUUUAUUGAAUUUAAAAAAAAAUAUUUAUAUAUAUUAUAUACACAUGACCUUCUUAAAUGCGACGGAAACUACAGCACUAGUAGUUUGUUAAAGAUCUGAUUUGCAUGUUGCAAAGUUGCAGAACUUGUUUUGCUGUUAUUUGUCUAACACACUCUAUCUAUUUAUAAUCUUUUUUUUUUUUUUUUUUUUUCAUUUUAUUUUAAAGACUCUUCUCAAAGUAAAGAAGUUUUUAUUGUUAUCCUUAAAAAAAUCUAACAAAUGCAUAUUUGUCUGUGAUAGUAAUGAAUAUGAUCUUCAUUUGAUAAAAGUAUGUAAAGCAAAUAUUGUAUCUAUUAAAGUUAUCACUUUAAGUGCUGA